AGUCAGCAAACAUCUGUUUCAUUUCAUAUUGACAAUGCAAGACAAAUUGAUCAUUGCAGUCUCCGGAUUCCCGGAACUGUACGAUUCGUCAUUGUUUGUUUACCGUGACAUAAACAAACACAUAUGACACAUGGAAGAAAGUGUUAAGAGAUAGUUGGGAUGUCUAAUAAGUUAUUAGACCUGCUAUGCAGUGUAGUUUAUUUUUCAAAUGGCAGAAAUAUAGACCAGGCACAUUUUUCUUACUAAAUAAAACUGAGUGGAAACAUGAAAAACCUGUAUAUUUAAUCAUCCUUGUCAAGUUCAUGACCGGCCUGCUCUACUACAAACUUGAUAAUUGGCCAAAACCAAACUGGACUUCAGCAGCGGUGUUUGAACGACCCGCCCCCGGUCGACGACCGCUAGACCGCUGCUCAGGAGUCUCAUGAGAGGAGACCAGCAGGAGGGCGUGGACCUGACUUAAAGAAGAGAACGAACGGAGAGAAAAAAAGAGAAAAGAAACUAGGGACCAUACAAGGCAAAGCCGAGGCCUCCUGGAGGACAAACAUAGCCUCACACUCGCUCAGUGUGUGAGGUUGCCCUCUGUGUGCAUUUUACUGUACGUGUGUGUGAGCAGGUGGGACUUUGAUGGGACAGUGAGCAAUGCCUCACACGCAGCGACAGCAGGUUGGCAGUAGGGGGCGGUGCUCCACCCGCCUCCUUCCCGUCCUCCUCCUCCUCCUUUCCCUUGCUGCCCAGCUCAGCCAAGCAGCCAUACACAUACCCUCCACUUUAAAGACACCUCCAAUGAUCACCACACAGCCGGAGUCUGUCACCGUCUUUAGUGUUGAAGACUUUGUUAUGAACUGCGAAGCUUUUGGCGACCCUGCACCGAUUUUCCAUUGGACAAAGGACGGAGAGGAGUUUGACCCAGGCAGUGACGUAGAGCUGAAGGUUUCUAAAGAGUCUGGCUCAUUCGCAUUCUACACACUCAGUAAUACUAUGGACACCCUGAAGCAGUACCAAGGCAAAUAUGUAUGCUAUGCGUCCAGCGAGCUGGGGACAGCUGUCUCCAAUGAGGCUGUACUCACCAUGGAUGUUCCCCCGUCCCAGCAGAAAGAAAAAAAGAUUCACGUGAAGUCUGACGAGGGAAGCAGUAUUGUUCUCAAGUGUAACCCCCCACAGAGCUCUAUGGAGCCUAUCAUUCACUGGAUGGACUGGAGGCUAACCCAUAUCCAGCUAAGUGAGCGGGUGGUGGUGGGGAAGGAUGGCAACCUGUACUUUGCCCAUUUGACAACUGACGACAGCAGAGAUGACUACACCUGCAACGUUCAGUACCUUGCAACACGCACAAUUCUGGCAAAGGAACCCACCACUCUGACUGUCAACCCCUCCAACUCAGUACUGCGGAACAGGAGGCCCCACAUGAUGAUACCUACUGGAAGCCACAGCACUUACCACGCCCUCAGGGGCCAGACUCUGGAGCUUGAGUGCAUCGUCCAAGGCCUUCCAACCCCCAAAGUGUCGUGGCACAGGAAAGAUGGCGAGCUGUCUGAAACUCGGACCACCAAAGAAAUGUUUGACCGCCGCCUGCGCUUCAAUAAUAUCUCAGAGAGCGACGGUGGCGAGUAUCAGUGUAUAGCUGAGAACUCUCAAGGGAAGGUCAUACACACAUACACUGUGACUGUGGAAGCGGCUCCAUACUGGACCAAAGAGCCAGUCAGUCAGUUAUAUGCCCCAGGUGAGAAUGUCAGACUAGACUGCCAGGCGGACGGCAUCCCCUCUCCUACUAUCACCUGGACCAUCAACGGGACCCCCCUUUCAGCAACCGAUAAGGACCCCAGACGGACUCUGACAGCAAGUGGAUCUCUGAUCUUAAAUGAUGUCAACUUUGGAGACACUGCAAUCUACCAGUGUCGGGCCUCCAACAAGCAUGGAACCAUCCUCACCAACACCAACGUCUACGUCAUUGAGCUGCCUCCUCAGAUCCUCACUGAGGAUAGGAAUACAUACACAUUUAUAGAAGGACAGAAGGCUUUACUGGAGUGUGAGAGCUUUGGCUCUCCUAAACCUAAGGUCAUAUGGGAGAACGGCAGCGCCUUCUCGCUUCUGGCAGAUCCCAGAGUUAACCUGCUCACCAAUGGGGGGCUUGAGAUCACUAAUGUCACCCAUGAUGAUGAGGACAACUACACCUGCUCUGUGCAGAACACCAACUUGUCAAUCAGUGCAAACCUGGAAGUGCUCAACAGGACAGUGAUCCUGUCACCUCUGCAGACUCUGAGGGUGCAGCCUGGAAACAAAGCAAUCUUCACCUGUCUGGCCCGAGUUGACCCCAAACUUGGCGUCCCACUCUAUCAGUGGAGGAAGAACAAUCAGAAGCUAUACACAUGGCAAGGACCAGACUUGGUUAUAGAUAAUGUGGAAGAAAAUGAUGAAGGCAUCUACACCUGUCAGGUCAUCACGAAGCUGGACAUGGCUGAAUCCAGUGGCACCCUCACUUUAAUUGAUCGUCCAGACCCCCCUGUCCUCCUCCAGAUCACUGAUCUUAAGCAUCGUGCACUCACCCUCAGCUGGACUCCUGGGGAUGACCACAACAGCCCUGUGACAGAGUAUGUGGUUGAGUUUGAGGACGAAGGUUCAAAGGAGAGAGGUUUUGAAGAGCUGAUGAAAGUAACUGGAAACAAGAAGCGUGCUAGCCUCCUUCUGCGGCCCUACAUGUCCUACCGUUUCCGGGUUAUUGCCGUCAAUGAAGUGGGCUUAAGCAACCCCAGCAACCCGUCUGAAAUUUUCAACACACCUGCUGAAGUACCCGACAAUAACCCUGAAGAUGUUAGGAGCGAGUCCACAGACCCAGACAAUCUAGUCAUCACCUGGAAGGAAAUGGACAAGCAUAACUUCAAUGGACCUGACUUCAAGUACCGGGUGCUGUGGAGGCGAGUGGUGGGCAGUGGACCCAACUGGCACACCAACUACACAACAGCACCGCCAUUUAUCGUCAGUGGCAUCGGCAACUUUUCUGCCUUUGAGAUCAAAGUGCAGGCUGUUAAUGAGAAAGGGGAGGGACCUGAGCCAGACCCUGUCAUCGGCUACUCAGGAGAGGAUGUUCCAUUGGAGGCUCCUAUGGAUGUGGGUGUUGCACUACUGAACAGCACUGCCAUCAGGGUGACGUGGGCAGCAGUAGAGAGAGACACAGUCAGGGGACACCUGCUGGGAUACAAGAUCCACUUGACCAGGAUCGGCUCCAGGGGCCACCACCGAGGCCGAAGGGCCAGGGAGCCAGAGCCCACCAUGGUGGUGGAGACCGGGGCCAAUGAGGAGAGGAAGGUGAUCGGUGAUCUUAGACCGUACUCCCACUAUGACCUGGCUGUCAGUGUAUUCAACAGCAAGGGAGAAGGACCCCUCUCUGAGACGCUGUCCUUCAAGACUGAUGAAGGAGUUCCUGGUCCUCCCUCGUCCCUGGUGCUGGACAGCCCAUCAGAGACAGAAAUGACCCUCCGCUGGACGCCACCUGGCCAGCCCAAUGGAGUCCUUAUAGGGUAUCUACUGCAGUACCAACGGGUUGUGGAGAGUGAUGACAGUCCCAUGCAGGUAGAGACAAUAGAUGACCCCACAAUCACCCAUCUCACCUUAAAGAACCUGGACCGACACAGCCACUACCGAUUCUACAUGAGGGGUCGCACUGCUCCUGGGGACGGAGAGCCCAUCAUGAGGGAGGGUGCCACCACACUGGAUGGAGCGCCUCCUGCCAACAUCAGCCUGUCUGUGGGAGAAAACUCAGUUAACCUCAGCUGGGUGGCCAAGAAGAGACACAGGAAUGUUAGCUUCCAGAUCCACUACCUCAACAAAAAUGAUGGCAGUAAAUGGAAGAAAUCAGAAAAGGUGAACUCCUCUCAGUCUUUUUACCAGCUCCAGGGCCUGACUCCUGGCUCUCAUUAUCGUCUACGCUUCACCUACAGCAACACCACCUUCUGGGAGACUGACAUUGAGACAGAGGGAACAGGAGUGACCGAGGUGGAGCCAAGCUUUGCAACACAGGGUUGGUUCAUCGGCGUUGUGAGCGCCAUCGUGCUGCUGCUGCUGAUACUGCUCAUCCUCUGCUUCAUCAAGAGGAGUAAAGGGGGGAAGUAUUCAGUGAAAGAUAAAGAAGAGGGCCCGAUGGACUCGGAAGCGCGACCUAUGAAGGAUGAGACUUUUGGAGAAUACAGAUCUCUAGAAAGCGACCUUGAGGAGAAGCACACAGCCAGCCUGCCGUCCCUGUGCGAGGAGAGCAAACUGUGCAGCGAGGACAACCUGGACUUCAACGGCAGCAGUGCCAUAACCACUGAGCUCAACAUGGAUGAAUCUCUGGUCAGCCAGUUCAGCCGGCCUAGCGAGGGCCCAGAAGCGCUUCACAGCCUGCCAGACAACUCCCCGCUCAACCCCACCAUCAUCUCCCCAGCCGCCAACGGCCUGCCCAACUCAGUCACCAUCCUCGAUUAACCCCCCCCCCCCCAACAUCCACCGGGGACCGUCAGACCAAAACAUGUCAACACAUAUGUGCCCAUACGCUCCUGUUCCCCGCUGACUUGCCGAUCUGUAGUUUUGACGACUAAUACACAAUCAAUAUAUUGACAAUUCAGAUGCUCCUGGCAGUCAUCUGAUUGACUGGACUAUUUUGACCAAAGGAGAGUCCAAUGUAGUGGACAAUGUGAUACAAGUGUGACUGACGCGACUUACAGCAACUCUCUGACCUGGAGAUGUCCUUUGACCCCCCCGUCAUCCUCCUCUAUCUGUGUAGUUUACAACAUAUCUAAACGACUAACAUUCAUUUCUCUCCCUUUCUUCUCUUUCUUUCUCUCUGCAAACAAACAAACAAAAAAAAUGAAGGAAGAAUGUUGUAUAGGUAGAAAUAUCAGAGGGAUUGUCCUAGAGAGAAGUUGAGUAAUGCUUUGAAAGAGGCGGAUGAUGGUAGAGCCUUGUGUGGGGAAACAGCACAUGCUGCUGUAAAAGGUCUUAGAUAUUUAUCAUAUUUUAUUUCGCACGAUAUGUUUAACACCACAUGUGAUGUCUCAGAUUGUAAUCGCCAGUGACUUUUUCUUUUAAACCUUUUUUUAACAAAUGUGUUUGAAUACAAAACAUCCUUUUUUGCUAUUUGCCAUUUUUAUCAUUAUUUUUUCAUAUUUCUUUUCUACACUAUUUAUAUAAAAACUCAGUAAUUCAUAACUUUUCUUUAUUGACAUAAUUCAUAGAACGAGAUGUUUUCAUUGAAACUAAGUGAAGCCAAGUUUCUUACUAUAAAUAACAUUGGAUGCAUUAAGGGGGAACUUGCUGUGAAAAUGCUGAGUAGCAUCUGGUGUAUAUAGCUGCAUCUACAUCUAUCUAUUUAGCCAUAAUACAGUAUUAUAGAUAUGUACAUGCUCCUUAUAAGUUCCUGUGCCUGCUGGUCUGCGUAGAGCACCAGAUUGAUGUCAUUACUCUCUCGCCUUCCCACCAGAAGUGUAAUGUCAUUAUUGGAAAUGAUAUUGUAAUUUUUUGUGUCGAGAAUUAUGUGUAGCUUUCUGUAUCUGUCCUUGUCUCUUUCUACACUGUAUUAAAACAUUGUUGUCUCCAAUUAACAAUCUUUUCAUACCUGUCCAUCUCAUACUACACUAAUUUGUAAUAGUUUGAGGAGCAGUAUUUAUGUAUAUUUACAGAUUAAAGAGGGGAGUCUUGUGGGCAAACACGCUAAAGUUUUAUUUUCAGGCAUCAAAGCAAGUUGAUAUUGCAGGCAGGUGAAAUGAUUGCCAGAUGAUGUAUAAUAAAGGCAAACAGCUGGUAUUUACAUCAAACACAGAGAAUGUAUUAUUUUCAGGGCUGGGCAGACAUUGUAUUUAGAUGCUACUGAUUAAAAAAAAUCUGAGCUACAAUGCAAUGGAGAUUUAAGAGUGGUUAUGAGAAGACCUGGACAGUUUUUUUUCCACUGAAUGUAAAUACAACCCUUAAAGAUUGUUUUGAUGAACCCAACCAUGUUUGAUAUAAAAAUGUGAAAAAUGUGCAGGUUUAAAACCACUUAACUUAAUUUUAAAAUGUUGCAAGUUGUCAUUUUUCUUCUUUGUACUAUUGCUAUGAAUACAAACUUUCUGUUUUUGACUAAUUAUUGCAGUGCUAUUUGGCUGUUUUAGCAAAAAAAAA